AUGGGUGCCCGUCAAAAAAAAGAAAUUGAAGCAGAUCCUGAAACGGUCAAAUUAAUUAAAAUUAAAAAAGCACAACAAAGAAUGGCUGAACAAGAAGAAAGAAGAAGGUUGAUGCAAGAAGAAAGUGAAAGAAGACGAUUGCAAAGACUUAGAGAAAAACAAGAGCCAAUUAGAACCUUUGCAACUGCACAAGAACUCAAAAAAAUAAGUGAUGGCAAAAAAAAAAAAAACUGCUUCCUGGGUGUUUCUAUUUUUAUUUUCCAAAAAAAAAAAACACCACACCCACGGUGUUUUUUCUAUUUUUUUUUUUUUUUAAAAAUAAUAAUUUAA